CAAUUCCACAGUCAAACAUCACAUAAACUAAUUAAUUUCGCUCUGUCUGUGGAACACAGUCACCAAAGCGCCUCCGCUCAAAGCGUGUAAGGGGGGAAAUUAUUUUUGCAGAAACUUUCCGAGAUCUUCUACAGCAAGCAAGCACUUUCGUUAGGUGGUGCUUCAUUGCGAUCUCUCCUGAAACUAAUCUCCCUCCCCCUACCCUAGAUGCUGCCAAGUUGACAGCACUCAGCCUGUUAAACAUUCUUUUACCAGCGAAAAUAGACUCGAAGGUGCAAAACGGAUAAAAACAAAAAUGUUUAAGAAGAGCAGGGGUAAAGUGUUAGUAGAAUACGCAUCGGAGGAGGACGACAUGUCAUGGCAUCACCGACACACGUAUAAGGAUAAAGACCCAGAUGGUGAGGAGGAAGCCGGGAGCCCUGCUUCGAAGGAUGGAAAAGUUAAGAAAGUGAAGUCCAAGAAGGAGAAGCGGGAUAAGAAGAUGUUUUUCGCUCCAGACGAUGAACACCUUUUGCUGACUGGUGUCACUGCAGCUGAGGGAAAAGGGUCCAGCAAAAAGAGCAAGGAGGAGGAGAAGAGCAGCGCGUUCAUGGAGAAGAGUCACUGCUUCUGGGACAGCGUCACCAUGACCAUGAAACAGAUCACACCCACGAGGAAGAUGGACAAGAUGGAGGGCUGGGAGCCGCCCCACAUCAGCGAGGCGACAGAGGAAGAGGAGGAGGACUCAGCGGCCGUGACCGAGAAGAGCCGCCCCUGGCCCGGCCUGGAGGAAGACUCUUCCCGGUACGCCAAUCUGUCCACGUCACAUGACUCCGGGAUCCGGUGGACUGCCAGGGCCAAGGGCAAGUUGGCUGGCAUUCGGAGACGGAGUCGCGGGAGUGUCUCGGAAAACUGGGAGGGGCUCAAAUAAUGCUAGACUUAUGGUUUGACAAAGAGAAUACAAAUGCCUGCCUGACUCUGUGCUGCUGUUUUGAACCGUUUCAUAAUGUUCUUAUGAGCGGUAUGCAGAUUCCCAUUGGUUUGCAUACACACUAGUGAAUUUCAAGCUAGUUUCUGAAGGUAAAUUUUUAGCUUGUCAGUUAAACAGCCUCUCCUGAAAACAACCCUGGUUCUGGAGAGCUAUAUUAAAACCAGCAACCAGCUUACACCACAGGUGAAGUUAACUGUAAUCAACUGUAUUGAUUAAUCUAUUAACUGCUGAGUAACACGUAAAACAUAAAACCCUGGGACCAGCAUUGAGGAUGCCCGACUUGACUUCAAAUUGUUACAUUAAACUUUUUUCUAGAAUAUCUGAAAAUAACUCAUUUAAAUUCUCAUUUAAUAUAAGCAUUUAUUUAAAUGUACCAAGUCAGUUACUAUUUAGACAAAUAUUUAAAUGCUGGAUAUAUCCAGCUUUAAAUGUAAACCCACUUCACUGUUCAACCUCAGACACCCCAGGUUUGUUAAUUUCACACUGAAGCAUACUGUACAAUUUACAAAAGAAAAAAAGGAUGUUGUGCCAUGGGAUCUUGACUGGUUCCUGCUGUAUCUCUAGACUGGAAAGAGGAAAGACUAGGUAGGAAAGAGAGAAAACAAUAGAGGUUUAAAUAUUGUGAAAACCCACCAAAAGAAAACACGUACAUGCAUACCUUAUACUACCUUUAAGACAGGUUCUGGCCUUUAUAAUUUGAUAAAAUAAGUAUUUUGCAUUUGGAAUGAACCUUGAAAGGAAAAAGGACUUGCUACUGUAUGUAAAGUGUAUGUGCCAGGUAAAUGGUCUCUGCCCUUGGGAGCAGAGCAGAACGGAACAAACAUGGAGCCUUGGCUCACUGUGUGUGCAGCUUAUGGGCUAAAUAUGCUCUGUGCAAUUAUAUUUAACUUAACCUUUCCUGUGUGUGUGAGUGUGUGUAUGUGUGCAUGCGAGCGUGAGUGUAUGUUUUCUUUGAAGACACCUUUGUGCCUAAGCUUUAGUUUAUUUAAGGGCACUGAUUUUUGGCAUUUUAAAAUCUAAUAAAGUGGCACCAGCAAAAGUGUUAGACACAGCAUAUGAUAACACCAAAUGUGAUAAUGGUAAAUAUUAUUAAUGUCAUUUUACAGACUGCGAAGUGAAAUGUAUAUACGAUUGCUGGAAAUGAAUGUAGCUGUAAUGAAAUGUAGCACUGUGGAUAGAGGGUAACUGACGUGUGAUCGCUGGAAUGGCAAGUAGGGUUUUGUUUACUGCGUUAGAAAGCACACUGGAUCAAGCCUUUUCUGAAUGCAAUACCGUUAGAGUGCCGCUCCUUGCUUACGUAGACCUUCCUGUUUUCCAGGUUGUACCAUUUGAGCUACAGCAUAGUAAUAAACCCGCUGCCAAGUAGAGAAAGAGUGCUAUGUUACUAUACCGAUACGUAAGCUCACAUUGCAACAUUUUGGGAGUUGCAUUUAACUUAAUAUAUGGAGCAAUUUUCAGAGAUUGUAGUUGGCUACAUGUUUUUUUAUGCCGUAUUAAUUUGUUGACUUGUCAUGCUUAUUCCCUGGCAUUUGCUGAAGAAGUUUAAAAUGAGCUUUUCAUUCAUUUUGUUUGCCAGCUCAGCCUCCAUUUACUGUACGUGCAAAAUGCAUUUCACUGAAGUUCUUGCCACCCAAGUGGUGGAGACUGACUACUUGACCUAAAUUCCAUUGUAUGAAUUCAAUGCAAUAGGGUCUUUGUCUUGUACUUUGUAAAGCUACUGAUUCUUCCAGCCCUAAAUCAAUCAUGUGAUUAACAGAAAUACGGGUAGACUGCAGAGAAGGGCAGUCCUCUGAACCCACUGAAAGCCUAAGUCAUAUAUUUUUCAAUCACAAUAAAAAAAAUGUUUUGAA